CACAAAACCAUGGCUUCAAUACUGAGGAAAUUAAAAGAUGUAGGCUGCUACUGCUACUUCAACGUGAAAGGUUAAUUCAAGAAAUCCUAUUUCCAAAAUAGAAGCCCUUCAACCUAAACUAUCAGCUUUUUGAAUCGUCAGUCUGACCUCUUCAGCAAAGUCACGUUCUAAUCUUCUCUGUGGAAGAUAAUGACCAGUAGACGUGUUAAACUUAUUUGGGGUCUAUGCUUUUGGUCCCAUCGAAGACGAAAGAUCCAAAAUUUAUAGAAGAUGGAGAUGACUUCAAUAAUAUGCAUCCCGGAUGCAUAUCUGGUGUAUUUCCUGUUAUCAACUACCAAAAUUGGCACUCUAAUGUCAAAAAGAUACUACCUCAUAGAAAGCAAGCUAAGCAACAAAAGACUAAUGGACAAAUCUUGCAUGAUCAAGACUCUUUUGAAAGAUCACAACUUUCAUCGGGAAAAAGAAGUCUCAUCCAGACAGCUGAUCAAAGUAAACAAAAACGUAACUCACACACAAGGUCAAUUAAAGAUCGUUUAAAGUCAUUGGUUUCUGAAGACAGUUUAAAGAAUGACCAUAAGAAACGAGGUCGAGUGUUGCAAAGAACGUAUUCAAUUCAUCAUUUAGAAACCGAUGAAUGGGUUCAUCAUACCAAUAUUGAAGAGUUUAGUGAAAAAAAUCCUGAUAAAAAUGAUACAAACAAGGGGAUUAAAGAUUAUGUGGAUAUAUCAGAAAAUUCAAGAAUCUUGCUAGAUGGUUUACAAGUCUCUCAUACAAAAGCAAAACUGACAAAAUCAGAAGAAAGUGGGGACAUCAAGUCAAACUCUAGUUCACAAGAAAAAAGUCACCAAUUAGAGUUUCAGAUCUCAAAAGAAGAAGGGAGAUAUUGGAGCAAUCAGGUUUCAUUAAGAAUGGCUUUGAGCAAACAUGAAUCCUUUGAGGAAGAAGUCAUUAAACUAUCGCAUGAUUUACAUCGGUUUGAAUUGGUUGAUGAGACUUUGCUUAAAUUGUAUGAAAGAUCAUUCUCGUAUUAUCCAAAAGUUUUGUCCUUUUCUUGCCACCUCAGUCCUGGCCCUAGUGGUAAACUUGUUCUUGAGGAGGUGUGGAAGAGUGUAAGCAGAUUGCUGAAGUUGAAUCCUACUAAGGAUCAAUCAUUGGAGUAUAUUGUGUCGUGGGAUUUAAAUGUGGGUGAUGAUUGGAUGAAUUUACAGAUGGAAUCGGAGUGCGUUGCACUUGAGUUGGAAGAUAUGAUUUUUAACCAAGUUUUAGGAGAAGUGUUUUGCUUUUAA